AUGGCAGCGGUUUUCAUGGGACAUCAACCACCCGUCAGGGUCCACAGGACAUACCCUCGCCUUUCUAGCGCUGCUUUUAAACGUCUCGCCAUUUUGAUUUUGGCGGGCUGGGCAGUGAAGACAGCCCUCUCGAGCUACAGUGAUGCUGUUUUCCCGAACUCGCCUUUUGGAUUUCGCUCUCCAGAGUCCGAAGCUUCUUCAACUGGUGGAUUCGUCGUCGUUCAUCCCAAAUCAAGCGCUUCGAGCACCGUCAACUAUCGGAAAGGCUUCAAAGGCGGCGAGCAGAAUUCUUUAGUCAACAUUUCUGGUCAACCCAAUAAUACCUUGAUUAGUAUGUCCCCUGGCAUCGGCUCAAUUAUUUUCGGACCCCUCCUGGAUAUUUCUAGUAACAAAGAGUAUAGCACCCAAUUAGGUACCAACGACACUACCUCACUCGGCGCCCCUGACAUCCACAAACAUUUCAUGGAUAUUACCCAAGCCUCUCUCGCUGAUGUACACGUUGUCGACGCCGCAUUCAUUACCAAAGAUAUCGCGAAGUAUAUCACGUUCCAAACGGUUCUAGCCACACUACAACGCCUCAACUAUUUCUCUGUUGACGAGUCCACCAUGUACGAUAGACUCGAUCAUGGUGUCGAUUCCCUAAGUCAUAGAGGAGAUCCCAACUCAUGGAGCGUCGUUGUCUUUGCCCACCCUACCUCUCCAUUUGUCAACACCCGCAAUAAUGAACCUUUCUUUGGUCAGACCAACAACGUCGUGAUUGACAUAUCCCCUGGUAUCGGCUCAAACAUUUUCGGACCCCUUCUAGAUAUCCUUAGUAACGAAAUGAAUGGCAUCCAACAAUUUUCCAGCGACGCAACCCCACUCUGCGGCGCUGCCAUCUCCAAAGCAUCCUCGCUCUUGUCCAAUCUCACCGAAGCACACUUCAUGGAUGUUUCUCAAGCCUCAAACGCUGAUGUAUACGUUGUCGAUGCCACAAUUCCUAUCCAAUAUCUCGCGAAUCUCAUGCAAUUCCAAAUGACUGUCGCUACACAAGAGUGCCUCAACCACUUCACUGUUGACGAGUCCACCAUGCACGAUAACCUCGAUCAUGGUGUCGAUUCCCUAAGUCUCAGAGGAGAUCCCAAGUCAUGGAGUGUCGUUGUCUUUGCCCAUCCUACCUCUCCCUUUGUCUACCGAAGUAGCGCCUUCAGCGGGGAACACCUUUCUGUCAGUUCCCCUGCGCUACCUGUGGACGUCGGUCGAGAUGAAAUGGAUGGAUCAAGACAGCUUAGCAACAUCGACUGGAAUAUUUACAUGGCAUUUGGACUAGGACUCGUCGCACUUCUAAGCCUACUCUUCAGACACCUCCAAUACACCGUCACAAAGCCACCGGCACCUGCACCCCGGCCAACCUUGCAGUACAUACGAUAUGACUCUCUUUCCAGCUUCGGUCGCAUGCAAGAACAGAAGCUCGAUACUCUAUUCGAGUGUCGCUUCAGUGGAUGCAAAUUCGAUCGAUACAUCGAGGUCUGGUACAGCAAGGUCACCAUGGAUUCUGUUAACAAGUUCCUCGCAAAUGGCUGUCAAUAUUUGCCAGAGCAAUGGGGACAAGGAUUCUGGGCCAUAUUAUCUUCUAUUUUAUCGGUAAUUGCCGAGUUCAUGGAGUGCUUUGUUAUGCUUCUUUUCCUGGUGCACUCCUUCUAUGGUCGAUUUGAAGUUUAUUUCAUUGGGGUCUUUAAGAUAAUUGCAGUACUUCUGUUACUUGGUGGUGCAUCGCUAUAUUUUAGGCAAUUAACGACCGUCCAACGCCUCUUCAACGUCAAUGGCAAGCGAAGGAAGAAACUACGCUUAUCUUCUGUGUUGGCUAUUCUAUCGGUUAUUGUCGAGUUCAUGGAGUGCUUUCUUAUACUUCUUUUCCUGGUGCACUCCUACUGUGGUCAAUUUGAAGGUUAUUUCAUUGGGAUAUUUAAGGCAAUUAACGGCCGUCCAACACCUCUUCAACGUCAAUGGCAAGUGAACGAAGAAACGAUGCAGACGUCAUGGUAUCUAUUUCAUUUGGAUGUUAUCCAAGCCUCUCAAGUCGAUGAGUACGGUGUCGACCCCACAAGUCCUACCAACUAUCCCGCAAGUCUCAUUCAAAUCCAAAUGACUGUCGCUACACAAGAGUGCCUCAACCACUUCACUGUUGACGAGUCCACCAUGCACGAUAACCUCGCAACAGAUCAUGGUGUCGAUUCCCUAAGUCUCAGAGGAGAUCCCAAGUCAUGGAGUGUCGUUGUCUUUGCCCAUCCUACCUCUCCCUUUGUCUACCGAAGUAGCGCCUUCAGCGGGGAACACCUUUCUGUCAGUUCCCCUGCGCUGCCUGUGUACAUCGGUCGAGAUGAAACGGAUGGAUCAAGACAACUCAGCAACAUCAACUGGAAGAUUUACACGGCAUUUGGACUAGGACUCGUCGCACUUCUAAGCCUACUCUUCUGA